UUUGCUGCAGCAUUGAACUUGCAGAGAGAGCGAGAAAGGGUGAAAAAGGGCAGUCUGGACGUGCAGAAGGCGCUCUGUGCUAUUAUCACUGGGACUAGUAGGUUUCCUAGCCGAGGCUUUAUGAAAUGUAAAUAAAAAAGGGGACCGCUUUGCGAUUCACUGAGGAGUGUUGCUGAAGAGGAGGGGCUGGGGACCAAGAGAAUAAUUAUGCACUUUUAGAUCGACGUCGCCCUGAACGCAGCGCAGCAACAUCGCAGAACCUCAAGUGCGUUUAAUCUCCGAAGUUGUGUGUGUCAAGCGGGCGAUGAUUCACGUCUGAUUGUUGCUGUACUAUAUGGAGAGGACUGCACAAGGGCUAACGCUGCAUCGUGGCUACUGAGAUUCCUGCCUGAGGAUUGCACAAUCUGUUCUCCCCAAAAAUGUCAUCUCAGGCGAAAGUCAAGAAGGACAAAGAGAUUAUUGCCGAAUAUGAGACCCAAGUGAAAGAGAUCCGUAACCAGCUGGUGGAGCAGUUCCGCUGUCUGGAGCAGCAGUCCGAGUCCCGGCUGCAGCUGCUGCAGGACCUGCAGGAGUUCUUCCGCAGAAAGGCCGAGCUCCAGCUUGAGUACUCCAGAGGCCUGGACAAACUGGCUGAGCGCUACUCCUCCAAGAUCCGCUCCUCCAGAGAGCACCAGCACUUCAAGAAAGAUCAAAAUCUCCUCUCCACUGUGAACUGCUGGUAUUUGGUCUUGGAUCAAACCCGACGCGAGAGCAAAGACCACGCCACACUCAGCGACAUCUACAACAACAACGUCAUUGUCCGUUUGGCGCACGUGGGUGAAGAUGUCAUCAGACUUUUCAAAAAGAGUAAAGACAUCGGCGUACAGAUGCAUGAAGAGUUAGUGAAAGUCACCAAUGAACUGUACACGGUGAUGAAGACAUACCACAUGUACCACACUGAGAGUCUCAGUGCUGAGAGCAAACUGAAGGAGGCAGAAAAGCAGGAGGAGAAGCACAUUGGCAAGGCUAAUGACAUUGGCCUGCGUUAUGGCUACGAUGAUCGUCCACAGCGUCGAAGUUCUGUAAAGAAGAUGGAGAAACUGAAGGAGAAGAGACAAGCCAAGUACUCUGAAAACAAGAUGAAAUGCACAAAGGCCCGGAAUGACUAUCUUCUCAAUCUGGCAGCUACUAAUGCCCUGGUGGCCAAAUACUACAUCCACGAUGUCUCAGACAUGAUAGAUUGUUGCGACUUAGGGUACCAUGCAAGCUUAGCACGCACCUUGAGAACCUACCUUUCUGCAGAAUAUAGUCUAGAAACUUCUCGGCACGAAGGGUUGGACUUAUUGGAGGGAGCAGUGGAUGCCAUGGACACCAGAGGAGACAAGCUGAAGUUUAUGGACACACAUUGCCAGAUCUUCUGUCCUCCUGCAUGCUUUGACUAUCAGCCACACAUGGGAGAUGAGGUGUGUCAAGUGAGUGCACAGCAGCCUGUCCAGACAGAACUCUUGAUGCGCUACCACCAGCUGCAAUCACGUCUGGCCACACUAAAAAUAGAAAAUGAAGAGGUGAGGAAGACUCUUGACGCCACCUUGCAGACCCUCCAUGAUAUGCUUACUGUGGAGGACUUUGAUGUUUCAGAGGCUUUCCAGCACAGCCAAUCCACAGAGUCUGUGAAAUCAGCCUCAUCUGACUCUUACAUGAGCAAGGCAAACAUCGCCAAAAGACGAGCCAAUCAACAAGAGACUGAGGGCUUCUACUUUACUAAAUACAAGGAGUACUUGAAUGGCAGCAAUCUCAUUGUCAAACUGCAGGCUAAGCAUGACCUUCUGAAGCAGACGCUAGGAGAAGGGGAGAGGGCUGAAUAUGGAACAACGAGGCCCCCAACUCUUCCCCCUAAACCCCAGAGAAUGCGGAAGUGUAGACCUCGCUCCAUUUUUAACCCUAGGCUGUUUAACGGCAAUAUGGAGGCCUUCAUUCAGGAUUCAGGCCAGCCUAUACCAGCGGUGGUUGAGAGCUGUAUUCGAUACAUCAACCUGUAUGGUCUUCAGCAGCAAGGUAUAUUUCGAGUUCCAGGAUCCCAGGUCGAAGUCAAUGAUAUUAAAAAUGCAUUUGAAAGAGGAGAAGAUCCACUGAUGGAUGAUCAGACAGAUCAUGAUAUUAACUCUGUGGCGGGAGUUCUUAAGCUUUACUUCCGGGGGUUGGAAAACCCCCUGUUCCCUAAAGAGCGUUUCGCCGACCUCAUAUCCACUACCAAGCUUGACUCUGGUGCAGAAAGAGCUCAUCACCUUCAGCAGAUAAUCGUGACUCUUCCGCGGCCUGUGAUCAUCGUCAUGAGAUACCUGUUUGCAUUUCUAAACCAUCUUUCCCAGUACAGCGAUGAGAACAUGAUGGACCCCUACAAUCUCGCUAUUUGCUUUGGCCCCACACUGAUGCCCAUACCAGAUGACCAAGAUCCUGUGGCCUGCCAAGCACAUGUUAAUGAGAUCAUUAAGACAAUCAUCAUCCACCAUGAGGUCAUCUUUCCAACCCAGCGAGAACUGGAGGGACCUGUGUAUGAGAAGUGCAUGGCUGGAGGGGACGAAUACUGUGAAAGCCCCCACAGUGAACCAGGAGCUCUGGAUGAGAUUGACAAUGGUACCGGGCCUAACACAAGUGAUGAUGAAUUGGAGCAAAUCGAAGCCAUAGCCAAAUUUGACUACGUGGGCCGAAGUCCAAGAGAGCUGUCCUUUAAGAAGGGAGCCUCUCUGCUGCUCUACCUGCGAGCUUCUCAGGACUGGUGGGAAGGGCGACAUAAUGGUGUGGAUGGGCUGAUCCCACAUCAAUACAUUGUGGUACAAGACAUGGACGACGCGUUCUCAGAGAGCAUUCAUCGGACUGAGAGUGAGACCAGCAGUGGGCCGCACCACGAUGACAGAACCUCAUCAAGGAAUGAGCGUCAGUCUCCUUGUGAACACACACCUGAGAACCGCUUUGGACCAGCAUUAGGAAGGGUGCGAGUGCGAUCAGAUGGCGCUGCAGCUCCACGCCAUAGGAAUGGCGCCGACAGCCUGAGCCCCACCAGAGCUGCUGAUCUACCCCCCAGGGUUAUGCCUCGCCCCCAGAGUCCACACAAAAUAGCUGUCAGCAGGGGUCUAACUGACAGUCCCGAGAAACGCCGUCUCACCACAUUUGGCAGUGCUGGCUGCAUCAGCCACCCUGAUAGAAAGGCGUUUGUCGACAGCCACUCUCAAAGAUCAUCACCAAGCACCACCCGGCAUGCAAGUUUAGGAGACCACAAGGCUCUUGAGACCGAGGCACUCGCUGAGGAUAUAGAGAAAACAAUGAAUACAGCCCUGCAUGAGUUGCGUGAGUUGGAGAGGCAGAAUGUAGCCAAGCACGCGCCUGACGUUGUGCUCGACACAUUGGAGCCGCUUAAGCACCCUGGUGGAGUGCAGGAGGUGUCUGCCAGCCCUCUCCAUACCAUGGUGAUCAGGGAUCCAGAUGCAGCCCAGCGACGCAGCAGUAGUAGCUCCUCAUCUGAGACUAUGACCACUUUUAAGCCCGCUCUGUCAGUCCGUAGACCAAGUGCUCCUUUAAGGCCCCCGCCUGUCAGACCUGUUCGACCGGCUCCUGUGAUUGGACAGGGCCAAGGACCUCACCGCUCCAGCAGCUCCAGUUCGUCUGGUUUGGGCAGCCCGAGCAUUACUCCCACUGACAGGGUCUUCCCCAAAGCACCGUCUCCAUCACCAUCCACCUCCUCUUCUUCCUCGGACAAACAAGACAUGGCUUUCAUCAUUGCAAUGUUGCUAGCCAGUCUCAAUAGCUGCUGUAACCCGUGGAUUUACAUGUUCUUCGCGGGUCACCUAUUCCAUGACCUGAUGCAGUGUUUCUUCUGCUGCUGUCGACGGUACCUGACAGAAUGCUCGUGCAGCUGUGAUCAACAGUGCAGACACAAAAGGGGCUCCUCCACUUACGUUAACAAGAACACCAACAGUCAGAGGAGCCUCUCACGCACAUCCAGUAUGGUACACUGAAAAGCCAGCUAAAAGGCAUGCAAGCUUCGUGCAAUCAAGUAAUCUAGCACUCAUACAGCUACCCAUUUCACCCAUUUAACUGACUACAGAGGCAGUGUGCUGGCUAUUGCUGCACAUUUUUUCUGUAACAUUUUGAAUCGAGCUAAACUGACAAUGUAAACUUCCUGUCCAGAUGACACCCUGCACCCACUGGUGACAGAAAACAGUACAAAUGGUGUUUUAUAUAUAUCGUGUAUAGAAUUUGAACAAAAUGUGAUGUAAAAUUUAAAAAUAAUUUGUUAUCAUUUUCAUCUUUCUUUGCAACAAAAAAUAUGUGUAAAGGUAAGGUAAUAUGUAAUGUGUGAUGUGAAAGGUCAGCUACGUUUAUUCAUAUAUGUUUGUUGUGAAUUGUCAAAGAAAACAUUGUAGUGUAUAGCCUCCACAGGGAGAAGCUUUAAGGUGGAGGAGGGGAUUAUAUAAAAGGGUUGGGGCAUUAGUGUCAGCAGUAGAGCUGUCAAAUAAAAAACAGUCUGUCUGCGAGAGGGAAAGUGCUCUGAUUUGUGAUUUGGGUGAAGUUAUACUAAUUUGACCUGAAGAUUGAACCCUCCAAACCAACCAAAGUUUCAUAAUUCACACUUAUAAGACACAAAGACUUUUUUUUCCUCAAAAGCUCAAAUCAGUGUGGAAAUAAAUCUGCAAAUACGUAAUUGGUCCAAUACCAUCACACAGUAAAUUUCAUAAGUCAUGAAUGAUAGUUAUCUGUCCACUUUCUGCCAUCCUGUCUGUCUAUAGAUAUUAUAUCUAACAGAGAUUUCUCUUAGACAUAGCAUAUGCCACAGUAAAUUCUGAUGUGCAUGGAUUUCUGCAACAAUAAAGUGUGCCAGUGA